AUGGCUUCAAUUGCAAAGAUACUACGGCCCGUGGUCCAAAGGGCAGCUUCUACUGCUCGCCCAGCUCUCAGACCUGCUCGAGCAAGCAGGAUAUAUCAACAGGCCAGACCUCUAUCAUCCACCACAAGAAGGCGCAAUGAAGCAGUCGACCUCACAGAGAUUCCUCCUACACCCAUUACCCACAUGUCCGAAAUAGAAACUGCCAUGGCGGACUCAGUGUCAAAGUUCGCAAAUGAUGUCAUUGCACCUAAAGUCCGCGAGAUGGAUGAAAACGAAUCCAUGGACCCCUCAGUCGUUGAGCAGCUGUUCGAACAAGGGUUGAUGGGCGUGGAAAUUCCAGAGGAAUACGGUGGCGCGGGCAUGAACUUCACAGCGGCUAUUGUUGGCAUUGAGGAGCUGGCUAGGGUCGAUCCGAGUGUCAGCGUUAUGGUGGACGUGCAUAAUACGCUGGUUAAUACCGCGGUAUUGAAGUAUGGAAGUACAGAAUUGAAGAAGAAGUGGCUUCCAAAAUUGGCUACAAAUACUGUCGGUUCUUUCUGUCUUUCUGAGCCAGUGUCUGGAUCUGAUGCUUUUGCACUUGCCACGAAGGCUACCAAGACCGAAUCUGGAUACAAAAUCUCAGGAAACAAGAUGUGGAUUACCAACUCGAUGGAAGCCGAAUUCUUCAUUGUCUUCGCAAACCUGGACCCAAGCAAAGGAUAUAAGGGAAUUACUGCAUUUAUUGUCGAGAAGGACACGAAAGGAUUCUCUAUAGCCAAGAAGGAGAAAAAGCUCGGUAUCAAGGCUAGCAGUACUUGUGUGCUUAACUUCGACGAUGUUGAGAUACCAGCAGGAAAUCUGCUUGGUAAGGAAGGUGAUGGAUACAAAUAUGCCAUCGCUCUGCUCAACGAAGGACGAAUCGGUAUAGCCGCCCAAAUGACCGGACUUGCACUUGGAGCGUUUGAGAAUGCUGCGAAGUACGUCUGGAACGACCGUAAGCAGUUCGGUACGCUUGUCGGUGAUUUCCAGGGUAUGCAGCACCAGAUUGCGCAAGCGUACACGGAGAUUGCUGCUGCGAGAGCACUAGUAUAUAACGCUGCUCGGAAAAAGGAAUCUGGCGAGAACUUUGUCCAAGAUGCGGCUAUGGCGAAGUUGUAUGCCUCGCAAAUUGCGCAAAGAGUCAGUGGACAGGCCAUUGAGUGGAUGGGUGGUAUGGGAUUUGUGAGAGAGGGGAUUGCCGAGAAGAUGUGGAGAGAUAGUAAGAUUGGUGCUAUUUAUGAGGGCACUAGCAAUAUCCAACUUACAACUAUUGCGAAACUCUUGAAGUCCCAGUACACGAGCUAG